AUGACAAGCUCACCAUAUCCAACCAAAGCGCGGAUCCGCGAGAUCUUCGCCCAUCUCACCGCAGGUGACGCCCCGACCUUCUAUACCCACGUCGCUGACGACGUCGACUGGACCAUCAUGGGAUCACACGCGUUAUCGGGCCACUACUCUGACAAGGCAACUCUGAUGUCCAAGGCCCUGUCUCGAAUCGGCAGUCUUUUCGACAGCCCUAUGAAACUCCGCAUCACCGGUGUUAUUGGUGGGGAGGUCGAGGAAUGGGCUGUGGUCGAAAUGGCCGCAGAUGGGAUAUGCAAGAACGGUAAGCUCCCUCUCCCUCUCCCUCUCCCUCACUGCCCAGCGCGAUAUUCCACCAUUUCCUCGGCCGGGGGACAACAAAUCCUUCCUCCAACCGCCGAAAUUCCCCUCAGCAUGAACUAUAUGCGGGUUGACGUUCGCGGGUCUGGUAUACGAGAAUACUUACUCGUGGUCGACGCGGUGGCGAGACGGCAAGAUUGUUCAAGUGCGAGCGUAUCUGGACGGAGUGCUCUUAAACCGUGCUUUGGUGGAAAAUGA